AUGAUUGACGUCGGAGAAAAUUACCGGAAUCGAUCCUCCUUCCCUUCGAGAAUUCAGCUGAACGAGAAACUACAACGACUAAACCCUAACCAGAACAUUUUCACGAAUCUAGGGUUCAUAGUUAGAAUCGAAUCUGGUAGUGCUGCAUCUGGUUCGUGUAGAGCGAAUCAUAUCUCCAAAAUGAGCAUUGAUGAUGUUUCGUUCAUCGUAAAUUACGGUGGAAAGUUUCAGACUUUGGAAGAUGGCAAUGUGGUGUACAAUGGUGGUUUCGGACAAGACCUCGUUACACCGGCAAGGAGUUUAUUUCAAGAGUUACCGGUGAAUCUCUAUGGACAGAGAAUCUGGUACAAAUUGCCAUUUCAAGACUUGAAAGAGCUUAGGAUAUUGUGUGGUGAGGAUACCGAAAAUUUUGAAAGUAUGUGUGAGGCAUCAAAAUGGACAACUUUGAUUGAAAUCUACAUGGAAGCUGAUGAAGGUGACAAUGGGAAUGACGCAGGAGAUGAGCUGAAUGAGGAGAGAGGAUCUUGA